CCCUCCUAGCCCCGCGGCUCCGAACUCGGUGGUCCUGGAGGCUCCGCAGGAUGGGGGAGAACAUGGCGGAAGAGGAGUUCCCCAAUACAACUCAUGAAGCUUUCAAUGUCACCCUCCACACCACCCUCCUUGUCACUACGAAACUGGUGCUCCCCACCCCUGCCAAGCCCAUUCUCCCAGUGCAGACGGGGGAGCAGGCUCAGCAGGAGGAGCAGUCAAGCGGCAUGACCAUUUUCUUCAGCCUCCUGGUCCUAGCUAUCUGCAUCAUAUUAGUGCAUUUACUGAUCCGAUACAGAUUACAUUUCUUACCAGAGAGUGUGGCUGUUGUUUCUUUAGGUAUUCUCAUGGGAGCAGUUAUAAAAUUUAUUGAGUUUAAAAAACUGGCAAAUUGGAAGGAAGAGGAAAUGUUUCGUCCAAAUAUGUUUUUCCUCCUGUUGCUUCCACCUAUUAUAUUUGAGUCAGGAUACUCGUUACACAAGGGUAACUUCUUUCAGAACAUUGGUUCCAUCACCCUGUUUGCUGUUUUUGGUACAGCAAUUUCCGCUUUUGUUGUAGGUGGAGGAAUUUAUUUUCUGGGUCAGGCUGAUGUAAUCUCUAAACUCAACAUGACAGACAGCUUUGCAUUUGGCUCCCUCAUUUCUGCCGUUGAUCCGGUGGCUACUAUUGCCAUUUUUAAUGCCCUUCAUGUGGACCCUGUGCUCAACAUGCUGGUUUUUGGAGAGAGUAUUCUCAACGACGCAGUCUCCAUUGUCCUGACCAACACAGCUGAAGGUUUAACAAGAAAAAAUAUGUCAGAUGUCAGUGGGUGGCAAACAUUUUUACAAGCCCUUGGCUACUUCCUCAAAAUGUUCUUUGGCUCAGCGGCGCUCGGCACCCUCACCGGCUUAAUCUCUGCAUUAGUGCUAAAGCAUAUUGACCUAAGGAAAACACCUUCCUUGGAGUUUGGCAUGAUGAUCAUUUUCGCUUAUCUUCCCUAUGGGCUCGCGGAAGGAAUCUCCCUCUCAGGUAUCAUGGCCAUCCUGUUCUCGGGCAUCGUGAUGUCUCACUACACUCACCAUAACCUGUCCCCGGUCACCCAGAUCCUCAUGCAGCAGACCCUGCGGACCGUGGCCUUCUUGUGCGAAACAUGUGUCUUUGCAUUUCUUGGCCUGUCCAUUUUUAGUUUCCCUCACAAGUUUGAAAUUUCCUUUGUCAUCUGGUGCAUAGUGCUUGUGCUGUUUGGCAGAGCGGUGAACAUCUUCCCUCUCUCCUACCUCCUGAAUUUCUUCCGCGAUCAUAAAAUCACACCCAAGAUGAUGUUCAUCAUGUGGUUUAGCGGCCUGCGGGGGGCCAUCCCCUAUGCCCUGAGCCUGCACCUGGACCUGGAGCCCAUGGAGAAGCGACAGCUGGUCGGCACCACCACCAUCAUCAUCGUCCUCUUCACCAUCCUGCUGCUGGGUGGCAGCACCAUGCCCCUCAUCCGCCUCGUGGACAUCGAGGACGCCAAGGCCCGCCGCCGGAACAAGAAAGACGUGAACCUCAGCAAGACGGAGAAGAUGGGCAACACCAUCGAGUCGGAGCACCUGUCAGAGCUCACCGAGGAGGAGUACGAAGCACACUACAUCAGGCGGCAGGACCUCAAAGGUUUUGUGUGGCUGGAUGCCAAGUACCUGAACCCCUUCUUCACACGGCGGUUGACCCAAGAGGACCUCCACCACGGGCGCAUCCAAAUGAAAACCCUCACCAACAAGUGGUACGAGGAGGUGCGCCAGGGCCCCUCUGGCUCUGAGGACGACGAGCAGGAGCUGCUGUGACAGCACCGGGUGCCACAGCCUCCACGGCGCCCAGGAUGGACAGCGAGGACGGACAUCUGGCAGCCUCUGCAAGGGGGAGGAGGCGGAGUGAAGUAGAGGCUGAGAACUUUCACCCAGAACUUUCCAGGCCUUGGGAGCCAGCUGGCUUCUGAAACUUGUCAUCUUCCCACUCCACCCUGAGCCAGUCCUCUGCUCUCCAUGUGCUUCUCAGCCUUUAGAUGGAGGCCACCUGUCCAGGUAAACGUUUCCUUCAGCUUCUGCCACCAGACUGAGCGGCCCUCCAGCCAAGAUGCCUGAGAGGAGCAGCUCUGCGUGGAGCCGCCAUGGCUGGGGUGCGCGAGGGAGCCCUGGCUUGCCAUUCCCGCCAUUCCCAGCCACUGCCUUCCCCACCUGCCCAGGAGCUGCUGGGGCUGCCCAAGUGGGUGCCUGUGCCAGAGCACCAGCUGCGGGUGCCCGUCCCGAGGGGCCUACCUCCAGGUGCCUCUAGCCACAGCGGCAACAAUCCCAGCCUAAGUGGCAGGCCCAGAAAUCUUGAAAACCUCACUCCCCUUUGUGAUGGCGCCUGAACUCCCUCGGGAAAGAAAAAUGGAGGCAGCUUUUUUGUGGUUACUCUCACAGGUACCUCGCUGGCUGUGGCCGCACUACAGUCCAGCCUCCCGGCAGGGCUAUGAAUGUUUACACGGGUGCCUGGCGGGCGGGCGCAGGCUGGCUCUAGAGCCCCUUGGAAGCUGCACCCCUAGGUUUCUUUAAGGUGGUUGAGCCCAUUCUGUGGGGUCAGAGCGCCCUCUAGAGGGAAAAGCUAGAGGUACAGGGCUUUCCGGGGCCUGCAGUUCAAGCACUUUCACACUGGAGAGCCUGGCCUGGCCAGCCUCCUAGGCUCUGGUUUGUCUAGAGGCCCUUUUCCUGAGCCCCAAGGUGUCUGCCCUCCACUUACCUGCUGCCCCUUCACUGCUCAUCAGCAUUUCCUUUCCCUCUCCCAGUUCUUUACUGUCCCGAGUGCCAUUUGUCCCCCAUGCCAGGGUCCUGGCUGGGGCCAGAGCAACAGUGCCCGCUGCUCCUCCCUUCCCACUCUACUGGGGACUGCAGCGACCUGCACCUGGUGCAUCAGGAACCUGCCUGCCUGCUUGCCCUGAGCAGACUGCCGGCUCACUGGCUCGUGCUCUUUCUCUCUCUCUCUCUCUCUCUCUCUCUUUCACACACACACACACACACACACAGAGUCUCUCUCUCUCUGUGUCUGUCUCUCUCCCUCCCUCCCCCCACUCCAUCCUAAAAUCCCCAUCACGAGGCCAUCGCAAGGUGAGGAGCUGCCAAUCAUGUCCAGAUGAAAUGGAAUUACCGAUUUUUGCUCCUUCCUGCCCCUUAACAAGCCUCCUACCUGCUUACCUUUGCUCACCUACAGCCGCUGGCAGUUCUCGUAACGCGGCUCAGGUCCCAGCGGGAGCCUUGGGGGUUCAGCAGCCUCCAGAUGGUUUGAUUCAUCACGUGCAUGUCCUUGGUUCUCCAUGGGGACACAGUGGGCCCAUGUGGGCAGCAUGGCGCCCAGGCUGGUAGCAAGUAGGUUCCAUCCUGUCUGCCUCAGGCAGUGUGGCUGUGGACCCUCCUGGACCAUGUGCCAGCCCACGGGCCAGGCCCCUGCCCGCACACUUCCCCUUUGCCCGGGAGUGUCACCGUGAGGCCAGGCAGGCAGGAAGCAUGCAGAUUCCUUUUUAUGCAUGAAAAGUAAAUUUGAAAUUGGUACAGCUACAAUAUGACCAUUGUUCUCUUUGUAAGCCCCCUCUUAACCCCAUCAUGGGAGCCAAACAGGGUCAUUUUACUCCGCACGGAGGAGGAAUGCAAUGGGUGAUUCUGGCCCCUGUCCUCUCCUUCCUUUUAGUGGAAAAGGGAGGCUUUGUCAACACCUGGGCGCGGGGGCGGGGUCUGAGGCCCCCUGCACGCUUGGCCGUGUCCCCAGCGGGCUGGCCAGAGCCAGGUUCCCACUCUGCUUCGGUGGGAAGCGGGAAGGGGGGUAGGGUGAUGGGCAGCUUCUCCUCAGCCAAAUCACGGCCAUCAGAGAUGCAGGCAUGACUUGUCUUGUGAGAAUCUUAAGUGCACAAAAGGAACAAGCCUCCCUGGUCCUUCUCCCAUCCCUCCAGGAUGCAGGAGAGACAUGUUUCUCCUGCUGCCUGGUGGGUAGGAAAUCAAACCCGAAUGUUCCUGAUACAACAGCCAGAAGCACAAGAAGUUGCUGCAGCAGGAACCCAGUCUCCGAAGCCCCAGGCAGUGUGUUUUAGUGAAAACACCACUGUCAGAGUCAAGGCUGAAAGAGAGUGAGUAGCCAGACUCCCUUCUGCCGUUUCUCACACAAAUGGAGUUACAAGUCCAGGGAAUUUCAUCAUCACUGGGCAUGUGACAGAAGGAGGCAGGCUUUCUUGUUUCUGCUGGUGCACCCCACCCUUCCCCUUCCCCACCCCGCUGACAGAACCCAGAAGGGAAAAGGCCUUCCUUACCUGUGAGUUGGUCUCUGCUGCUCUGCACAGCUGCCCUGACCGCAGGGUGAGUGAGGUGCUUGGAUGCUGCUGCGGCCCCUGGGCCUCUGAGGUUGCACGGGGAUGUGUGGAUGGGUGGCCAGCCCGUGGGACGUGGGCCCAGAAUCUGUCAGUCACGUGGAAGAGCCGCCUUCCUGGUGCUCACUCUCCUGCACCAAACCGACCUGCCGUGAUGGCUCCUUACAAACCAGAUGACUUUGGGUUGCAGACUUACUGAAGGAUUUUUUUUCAGUACUGCUUUUUUAUUUGCUUUAAGGGCCUGUGGGAAGACCAGGCACAUCCUUUUGCCCUCCCCAAGUGAGUGGUGGGGGGCUUGUCAGGUGCCGACUCCUGAGAAAUGAUUAGCUGCUCUCUUGAUGGGGCUUCAGUGGGGAGGGCCAGGGGGCAGCACUGGGAGGGGGAGCUGCUGAGCCUGGGCCCUGCUUCACCUCGCUGGACUCUACAGAAUUCAGGGGAGGGUGGAAACUGCUCUAGAAAUAAAAGUGAAUGCUCCUGACUUCGAUCAGGCCUCGUUUGUGUUCAGGAACUUUGUGAACGUGUGGCCACAGCCCUAGACCCUGCCCCUCCAGGCCAGCGGCAGCCAUCUUGCCAGCGAAGCAUUGCCCAGUGGGUAGGAGCCAGGGUUGACUCCCGCCUGUGCCCCUCAGUGAGGAGUAGGUGAGGCUGAGAGGCUGGCUCAGACCAGACCCAGCCUCCAGCCUGCUUUUCCUCGCAGGUGCUAGGGGCCCACUUCCCCAGGGCUCUCCUGGGGUGCAGAUUCGCCCCUGCUGGGCCUUUGCCUGUGUGUGGAACCAGGAACCCACUGAUCUUCCCAGGCACAGCCACCUGCGCUGGGGGCUCCUCCACAGCCCCUGGUCACCUGUGGAAGUCUUAAGCGGGUCUACCCGCUUCCACUUCCAGAGACCUCCAGAGCUGCUCGAGGUACCAGGUGCAAACAAAUGUGGGGUAAAUCAAAACCAGGCAGGAUCCACCUGACCCCAGGCAUGAACCUUCUGGCCCAGAGGCAAGAACCACACCUUAGUCCUUCCAACCCCGAAUUUCAUCCCCGGCCCCUCCCCUUCAGCCAAAGAAGUAAGGGGCCGGUGGGAAUAACACCCAGACUCUAACUGUAUCAGGGCUGCCGAGCCAAAUGUGGAGCUAAGGGCUGGACGUGAGGCCCACAUGGCCCUCAUCGACUCCCCUUUGCCACCUUUGAUGGCGACCUGGGCUCAGAGGGAAGACUUCUCUACCAUAAGAAGCUGCAGGGGUGAUGGCACUGGGUGAUGGGAACUCUGGCAAAUAGAAAGCAGAAUCUUCCCAAGGCCCCGCUUUCUGCAGAGGGUGCUGGCCAUGGAGUUGCGCUGAGCGAAGCUGAGUCCUGGUGGUGGUAACGGGAGGAUGGCUUCCCAGUGGGCCCCCAGUGGCACCUGUCACUGAGCGAACUGGGGCUUGUCAUCCACAUUUCAACCUUCUCACUCCUAGAAAAUGUUUCUAACCCCUAGAUAAUGCUCAAGGUGGUGGAGCAAGCAAGGGAAGAAGUCUUUUCCUUAGAAGUCAGAAAGCUGGGGCCUCCCUGGUGGCGCAGCAGGUUGAGCGCCACAUUGUGAAGCUGUCCACAGCCUCUGCGGUGCGGGUUCGAUCCCGGCUGGCCAGAGAGAAUCCCACAUGGCGAGGCAGACCUCUCCUGUCUCACCUGCUGUUCCUCUCAGCAGUGUCUGCAGUUCGUCGGCCUGUUCUGCUCCCCACUCUGUCUCUGGUGAAUUCUCUCACCCUCCGGCGCCUCUGACCUGUACCCCAGUUCUUGUAUGAAUAAAUAAAAAAAUCUUUUUAAAAAAAAGGAAGUCAGAAAGCUGCCUGGACAGGAGG